GAGCUCUGUAAAUGUUUUCAAAAGAGCAGCCAAACGGUCCUUAAGGCUUUUGUUCCAUCCAUUCAAAUCCAGAUCUGUUUUCCCGAUUCUCCCCCGUCCGUCGAGGCCUUCACUGCCUGGGCAUGUAAUACGACAAUCACUCAUACCAACACUCUGCAGGUCUGCUCAGAUCCAAAUUCCCACCCCCUCGCUCGGUCCCCCAAAUCUGAUUUCAGCGUCCGAUCUGAGAUCCGAUUUCCUCCAAAAAUCUGCCUCUCGGAAGAAAUGGAGAAAUCGUGCACCCUUCUGGUCCACUUCGACAAGGGCACGCCUGCGCUGGCCAAUGAGAUCAAAGAAGCCCUAGAAGGGAACGACGUCGCGGCGAAGAGCGAAGCCCUGAAGAAGGCCAUCAUGCUCCUGCUCAACGGCGAGACCAUCCCCCAGCUCUUCAUCACCAUCAUCCGCUACGUACUCCCCUCUGAGGACCACACCGUACAGAAGCUCCUCCUCUUCUACCUCGAGAUCAUCGAGAAGACCGACUCCCGCGGCAAGGUCCUCCCGGAGAUGAUCCUCAUCUGCCAGAACCUCCGCAACAAUCUCCAGCACCCCAAUGAGUACAUCCGCGGCGUCACGCUCCGCUUCCUCUGCCGCCUCAACGAGUCCGAGAUCGUCGAGCCGCUCAUCCCUUCCAUACUCGCCAACCUCGAGCACCGCCACCCAUUCGUGCGCCGGAACGCCGUGCUCGCCGUCAUGUCCGUCUACAGGCUCCCCCAAGGCGAGCAGCUUCUGGACUCCGCCCCGGAGAUCAUCGAGAAGUUCUUGUCCACCGAGCAGGACCAAUCCAGUAAGCGAAACGCUUUCCUUAUGCUCUUUACUUGCGCCCAGGACAGGGCUGUCAAUUACCUUUUCACCCACAUCGAUCGAAUUAUCGAUUGGGGGGAGCAGCUCCAGAUGGUGGUGUUGGAGUUGAUUAAGAAGGUUUGUCGGGCCAAUAAGUCCGAGAAGGGAAAGUAUAUUAAGAUCAUCAUAUCCCUGUUGAAUGCCUCCUCCGCCGCCGUCGUUUACGAGUGCGCUGGGACGCUUGUGUCGCUUUCGUCCGCACCCACGGCGAUACGGGCGGCCGCGAGUACCUACUGCCAGCUGCUGUUGUCGCAGAGCGACAACAAUGUGAAGCUCAUUGUGCUCGAUCGGCUCAACGAGCUUAAGGGUUCGCACAGGGAGAUCAUGAUGGAGAUGGUGAUGGACGUGCUUAGAGCGCUUUCGAGUCCGAAUGUUGACAUUAGGAGGAAGACUCUUGAUAUCGUGCUGGAGUUGAUCACGCCGAGGAACGUGGAUGAGGUUGUUAUGAUGUUGAAGAAGGAGGUCGUGAAGACUCAGAACGGCGAGCACGAGAAGAAUGGGGAGUAUCGGCAGAUGUUGGUGCAGGCGAUACAUUCUUGUGCGAUUAAGUUCCCGGAGGUGGCGAGCACGGUGGUACAUCUCCUGAUGGAUUUCUUGGGCGAUACCAAUGUGGCUUCGGCUAUGGACGUGGUUGUUUUCGUGCGUGAGAUUAUUGAGACGAACCCCAAGUUACGGGUUUCCAUAAUCACAAGGCUGUUGGACACCUUUUACCAGAUUCGGGCUGCCCGGGUGUGUUCAUGCGCUCUUUGGAUUAUUGGCGAGUACUGCCUCUCGCUGUCGGAAGUUGAGAGUGGAAUUGCAACCAUUAAGCAGUGUCUUGGGGAGCUCCCAUUCUUCACGGUCACCGAGGAUGGGGAGGUGCAGGAUGCUUCCAAGAAAACACAGCAGGUCAGUUCCACGAUGGUGUCUUCUAGGAGGCCCGCCGUUCUCGCGGAUGGGACCUAUGCCACCCAAAGUGCUGCGCUAGAAACAGCCAUGUCGCCUCCGACCCUUGUCCAUGGGUCCCUCUCAUCUUUAGGGAACUUGAGAUCCCUGAUUCUUGCUGGCGACUUUUUCCUCGGGGCAGUUGUGGCUUGCACGCUGACCAAGCUUGUUUUGAGAUUGGAAGAGGUUCAGCCAUCCAAAGUUGAAGUGAACAGAGCAUCUAUACAGGCCUUACUGAUAAUGGUCUCUAUGCUCCAACUAGGGGAAUCUUCGGUCCUUUCGCAUCCGAUUGAUUACGACUCUCGGGAUAGGAUUGUUCUAUGCAUUAGGUUGCUGUGCAAUACCGGUGAUGAGAUAAGGAAGAUAUGGCUGCAGUCCUGCAGACAGAGCUUUGUGAAAAUGCUUGCAGAUAAGCAGCACCGGGAAACGGAGGAAAGUAAAGCUAAGGCCCAGAUAUCUAAUGUACAACCAGAUGAUCUUAUUGAUUUCUACCAUCUGAAGAGCAGGAAGGGUAUGAGCCAGCUUGAGUUGGAAGAUGAGGUCCAAGAUGAUCUCAAGCGUGCCACUGGUGAGUUCACAAAGGAUGGAGAUGAUGCAAAUAAGCUCAAUCGAAUUCUUCAGCUUACAGGAUUCAGUGAUCCCGUCUAUGCUGAAGCAUAUGUGACAGUUCAUCAUUAUGACAUAGUCCUAGAUGUUACUGUUAUCAACCGAACCAAGGAGACCCUCCAAAAUCUGUGCUUGGAGUUAGCAACCAUGGGUGAUCUCAAACUUGUUGAGCGACCACAAAACUACACGCUAGCUCCAGAGUCGAGCAAACAGAUCAAGGCGAAUAUUAAGGUCUCUUCAACUGAAACAGGAGUCAUAUUUGGUAACAUUGUGUACGAGACUUCAAAUGUUCUUGAGAGAAAUGUUAUUGUUCUCAAUGACAUCCAUAUUGAUAUAAUGGAUUACAUCUCCCCUGCAUCAUGUGCUGAUGUGGCAUUUAGAACAAUGUGGGCAGAGUUUGAGUGGGAAAACAAGGUUGCUGUAAAUACUAUCAUUCAAGAUGAGAAGGAGUUUCUGAACCACAUUAUCAAGUCAACGAACAUGAAAUGCCUCACUCCAUUAUCGGCUCUAGAAGGGGAGUGUGGGUUCCUCGCUGCUAACCUGUACGCAAAGAGUGUUUUUGGGGAGGAUGCUCUGGUGAAUUUGAGCAUUGAGAAACAAGCAGAUGAUAAGCUGGGUGGAUACAUAAGGAUAAGAAGUAAAACUCAAGGUAUUGCCCUAAGUCUUGGGGACAAGAUCACUUUGAAACAAAAGGGUGGUGGCACUUGACUGGACCGGAUGCCUACUUUUUUUGUCUAUUUUCCUGGAGCUCUUAGCCUUUAUUUACUUACUUCAACCUUGUUUGUGUUUGUCUGGGGGCAACAUUGUUCUUAUCUCCCUUCGAAUCACUUGUUAUUGCAUGUAUAUUAUUACCUUGAAGAUCCAAAGAUGUUGUUAUCACUUUGGAUCUUUACAUGAGUCAUUUGCUCUUUUAGAAAUAGGGAUUAGAUACCAUAUAUUGGAGUCCAUUGAUCUGAUACAAGUUGUCUGCUUGGGCCUUAUAUUUUUGAUUCUGUAGAUGACAGUUAUUCCCAUUAAUUUCUGAAUAUCAGCACUCGUGUCUCU